CGUGCAUUUCUACGAACCUUCCGAUACGACGAGCCGUGUACGCACAACGGAUUCCUCGAAAAAGAAGCGAAACGCCACCGCGACAGCAACGGCGACGGCGACCAACGUCGGAUCGUCGUUCGUUCGGGUGUCAUCGGAAAUAACAUCGGGCGGUGUCGAUAUGCUGAAAAAUACAUCUCGCGCUUUUGACUUGACUAUGAUCGAGAGGGUCGUUGCCAUCAGACGACAGUCCUUUCUAGCCGAAUCGAUACUUCGCUCUCUCUGUCUCUCUUUCUUUUUCCUCUAUCUUUUGUAGGGGGCGAGACACGAUCGGACGACUCCUUGCCGCUUCAUCCCUUUUUCGCCCUACUUUUACCCCCUCCCCUUUUCCUCGUUUCGUUUCCUCCAUUCCUCUCUUCCUCCCUUUUCUUCCAGUUCUCUUUUUCCGUCUCUCUCCUCCCUUCCUCCCGCCAUAUCAGUCUCUCUCUCUCUCUCUCUCUCUCUCUCUCUCUAUGGCACAGUCAAGCAGGAUGCUAUUUUCUUACGAUUCCGCGAGUCUAUCUUCGCUUUGCCAACCUCGCUUAUGUUCAUCGACGUAUACGCAUGCGCACUCAUCGUUCGCGAUCGCGUGUGGCACUCAGAAGGGUUAAUCUCGAAUGGAAAAAAGAGAUAGUAUGAAGGAGAUAUUAAGGGUGUGAAGGAUAGAGAAAGACGAAAGGAAUUAAAAAAAAAAAGAAAAGGAGUGAGAAAAGGAAAUGGAAAAGAGAGCGUAAACAUAGGGCGGAAAAGAGGUUAGUUUCGUGCUUCUUAGAAAAGGAUCAUUGAACGAGUCAAGGCAGGCGUGAGAGAGAAAGAGAGAGGGAAAGGGUACUACGUGGCUUAUCGAGGCGCAUCGACAGCAACGUGCAUCGACGUGGAUUUUCACUCAGUAUCGAGAGAGGGUUGCGUAAAUCUUUUCCUCCCCUUUUCUCUUCGUCCCCUUAUCUUUGUUUCUCCCUCCUCUGUCAUCCUUCCUCUUCUCAUUUCGUCUUAUAACACAUACACAAAGGAAGAGAGAGAGAAAGAGAGGGAACAUACAUACACUCAGCAGGCAGUGAAUAGCACGCACGCACGCACGCACAUACGUACGGCGUCGUACAGUGUGGCACGAUUGGUAUAUGGUGCCGUCCAUAGUCGUCGAUACGCCCCAGGGUGUCCAGUAAACCUUGCCUCUUUUCGACUUCGUUCGACUCUUUUCGAGUCGAGCCGCCGAACGGAGCCGAAUCACUACGAACUGUACCGAGUCGUACCGAAGGAAAGUCGAGUCGAAUCGUACGAAGUCGGUAGGAUUCGAGUUGAAUCGUGUCGUCGUCGUCGUCGUCAUCGUCCUCCCUCCCCUUUUUGAGCCCGCUUACCCGUCCGCCGUCCAUCCUCCCUCUAGUGUUCAUUGAGCCACACACGCUCGCUAGUUAUACGAGAUUGUGGUUGGGCCUUCCUUCAUGGGAGAACGUCAUUAUCGCGCUUCUAUCUCUUUCUCCCUCUCUUUUCUUUUUCUCUCUCUCUCUCUCUCUUUCACUUAUUGUGCUACCCUUUUUCCUGAUUACGCGUCUUUUCGCAAAGAGAAUAAAACAUCGUGCCACGCGGUUUCUCUGUAUCCGUCCAUCUUAUUUGCUUGUCCUAGCGCGCUCCUCUUAUAUCCCCUACCACUACCAUAUCAUCGCCACACCGUCCAUAACAGGUGAGUCGACUUCGAAUCUUCUCCGUUGUCGUCGUGCCUUACAAACCACCACGCAUAUUCCUGCUUAUCUAAAAGUUGUGCCCCGAACGUUUGUUAUUGUGGUGAAAAAAAAAGGAAAAGAGAUAAAAGAGUCGAAGUUGUGUGAUAUGUGCCAAUAUGAGGAUGUCGUCGUUCGUGACGAUGACGAUGAUCAAAGUGUUGUUUGCUUGUGAUGGACGGACAAAAAAGUGAGCCAAAAAGGCAGCCGAGAAAAACAAGGUCGCGAGGGUAUAAAGAAUGAUAUAUCGUGGCCGAUGAAGAAGAGAAUACGAAUACAAGUGAAAGAAAGAGCGAGUGGCUUCGUCGAGGAAGGCGAAAAAAAUCGACGACGAGGCGGCAGCAGCAGCAGCAGCAGAAGCAGCGGCAGCAGCAGAAGCAGCGGCAGCAGCAGAAGCAGCGGCGGCAGCAGCAGCGACACAAGCAAAAAAAUCAACACCAGGUCUGAUGUUAGCGGAUAUUAACGGUAACCUGGCGGACCUGAGAAGCGAAGCGAUGGCGUCGCAGAGAUUUUGUCUGCGUUGGAACAACCAUCAGAGCAAUUUACUCUCCGUUUUUGAUCAAUUGCUUCAUGACGAAUCCUUCGUUGAUGUUACACUGGCCGUUGAGGGUCAGCUGCUUAGGGCGCAUAAAAUGGUCUUAUCGGCGUGCAGUCCUUAUUUUCAGGCUCUAUUCGUUGGUCAUCCUGACAAGCACCCUAUAGUUAUUCUCAAGGACGUCCCAUAUGUGGAUAUGCGAAGUCUUUUAGACUUCAUGUAUCGUGGUGAGGUGAGCGUCGAUCAGGAUAGAUUAACCGCUUUCCUGAGGGUCGCUGAGUCUCUAAGGAUAAAGGGUCUGACCGAAGUAAAUGAGGACAAGUGCGAUUUGCCCAGCAUCACGUCAUCACUUCUUGGCAAUCAAAACACAAUACCUCCACCACCUCCGAACCUUCACCGAAUAAACCAAAUCGGACCUCAUCAUCAUGUAUCACAAAAGAGGUUCCAUCAUAUGUCGAACCAUCCGCUUCUUGGUUCAGCGUUAACAGCGCCAAAGAGAAAAAGGGGUAGGCCGAGGAAGUUGAGCGGCUCCUCGGACACGCCAAUUGGCGAGGCUAGUACUGGGCAGGACCUACAAUCUUGUUCGAGUACUGACCUUGUGCAAGGUUCACCCGAAAUGAUGGAGAUGAAAAUGGGCAUCGAUUUCCAGAGCGAGACAACUGGCAAUAAUAGGAGUGGUUCUUCGACUAGUAGCAACAAUGUCAACAGCAACAAUAUCAGUAAUUCGGCCUCGGCGGCGGCCAAUUUGGCUGCCAGUUCGUUGUCAUCUGCGAGAAAGGACGAACCAACGGAAAAUGGUACAGAGACUCACGAAUCGUUAACGCCUAGAGUUAAGAGAGAACCAGAACCAACGCCCAGUACUUCUGCGCAAGCCUCAGAAGAAACCUUCGCGCGGCCGCAUAGUAGACAAGGGAGCGAAAGUUUCAAACAAGAAUUCUCAUCAUCGACGCCGAGCAAGUCAGAGACGAUUACGGAGACAUGGAAGGAAAAGACACGAAUGGCAUCUUCGCAUGGUUCUUCCUCGGGUAACAGCAAUGCAUCUCAAACGGCGGAUGGAUUUUCUUCUGGAAGAAACGGAGAACGAGGAGCGAGUGGAUCAUCGGUAGGAUCGAUGGGUAUGACGACGACAACCGGGACAGCAUCCUCGGCGAUGAUGACGACAACGACAACAAAUACGACGAUGGCUACGUCCACAUCAUCGACAUCGUCAACAUCAACGUCAUCAUCGACAACCAGUACCACUGGACCAAGUCCUAUGGAUACGUCGGCUGGUGGACCAGCAGCUGCGAGCACACCAAUCACCAGAGGCUCUUCAUCUUCCUCCUCCUCGUCCUCUUCGCCUGCUAGCGCAAGGAGUUCCCAAAGCAACAACAAUAACAACAGUCAUAACAACAACAAUAAUAGUAGCAACAACAAUAACAACAAUAGUAGUACGCCACUGGGCACGACGAAUUCGUCGUCUAGCGGUGGUCAACAAAGUAGUACAGCAACCGGAACCAUGUCCGCUCCAACCGGAAGACAGGUGCCUAAAAGACGCAUGAGACGUCGCGCUACAUCCCACUCGCAGGAUCCGGCCGAACAAUUGACCGAGAUGUCCGUGCGUGGUUUGAAUCUCUUUCGUUAUGCCUCGAUAUCAGAGGGAGUCUAUCAGUGCACCGAGUGCGCGAAGCUCGACAUUCAGAAGACGUUCAAAAACAAAUACAGUUUCCAGAGACACGCCUUUUUAUAUCACGAAGGCCACCAACGCAAAGUCUUCCCAUGUCCAGUCUGUAGCAAAGAAUUCUCUAGGCCUGACAAAAUGAAGAAUCACAUGAAGACGGUUCACGAUUGCUUCAUGCCUAAGGACUGCGUCAUGCCUUUUGGCUUUUUUCUCCCGCCUUAGCGGGCGGCGGCGAGGCGAGGGCGAGCUGGGUCAAGCAGAGUGCAAAGCGAAACUGGUGGUAGAUCGGCAGCAACGUCGAACAGGCCUUCGACCAGCGAAACAACAACGACUAUAAGUGGUCCCGGUCGCAAAAGAGUUUUUGACAAAGCACGAGAUCGACUUAAAAGACGCCUCUCUACCACCAAUACAUCUUCAAGUAAUAAUCAUAACGUAUAAGUGCAACGUCGCGCGAUAUCAUUAAUAUACUUCUAGAAAAUUAUAACCGGAGAGGAUAUAAUUGAGGAAUUAAAUGGGGAAUAUAUCAGAAAUUAUAUAUUUUAGAUUAUAUUUAAAUAGAAAUACACCUGAAUAUUUUCAUUCUUUAUAAAUAUACGAGAAUGUUUUUCUAGAAAAGAAAGAACUUUCUAAAAAAACAAGGAAGAAAAAUUGUUUCUUAGAAAUAAUUUUUAUUCAUUCAAAUUUUUUGUAUAUACUAUAAAAAAUCGAAUAUCUUCGGAUGUUCCUAUUUAAAUCAUUCACCCUGUAUGAUAUCUUUAUAUAUUUAUGAUCAAACUUUUCGAAUAUUGUUUAUUUUUUACAUAAAUCGAUAACAUCAUUUUUAGACUAUAAUUUUUGAUUUUUUUAUUAUUUGAUUAUAAAUGCAAUACACAUACGCGCGCACACACAUAAACUAGAGAGAUACAUUAUUUUUAUCAAUGUGAUUCAAGAUAUAAUUAUUCGAUUUUGUCGACAUCUUAACGGUACACUCAAAUCCUUCAGUUUUUCAUAUUUUUGAUCAUAAAUAUAUUUUUGAUAUAUUCCCUUGUUUUCUUAUUUCUUUUUUCGUUUUAAUUGCACUAACGUCGCACGA